AAUGCAUACCCUUUUUUGACAAAGAAGAAGAAAAUUGCUGAUCAGUUUGAAAGUAGCAGCUUCAUUGGUAAUGCCUAGGAAAUUUCACGAGAGUUUAAUUACACAGUGACAGUGACCCACUCAAACCAUCUUGAUCCACUUCCUUAAUAUAAAGCUCCUUACUCACAUAUCUCUCUGCACUCAAUAACUCGUGACCCUUCUUCCUUCAAAGAAGCUACCAAGAUUUCAAUCUCUUCCAUGGCCAUCCCAAAUGUCUCAUCCUCCUCCUCCCCUUCUUCUUCCCAUCCUUGGAUUUAUGAUGUUUUCCUUAGUUUCAGAGGGGAAGAUACCCGCAAUACCUUUACCGGUCAUCUAUAUAACGCUCUCAUUAUAAAGGGGAUCAACACCUUCAGAGAUGAUGUGGAUCUUCAGAAAGGAGACGAAAUCUCCCCAGCACUUUUGGAAGCCAUUGAACAAUCUAAAAUUUCCAUCAUCGUCUUCUCUAAGGACUAUUGCACCUCCACGUGGUGCUUAGAUGAACUUGUCAAGAUUCUCGAGUGUCGGAAAUCGAUCGGCCAAAUGGUUCAACCCAUUUUCUACAAUGUGGAUCCUUCAGAUGUGCGGAAACAGUUUGUAAAAGAUCUCGAUAUGCAUGAAAAUAAAGUCAAGGAUGAUAUACAAAGGGUGUUGAGGUGGAAGGUGGCUCUCAAAGAAGCAGCCAAUUUGUCCGGUUGGCAUUUGGACAAUGGGCAUGAGUCCCAUUUUAUCCAACACAUCGUAGAAGAGAUAUCAAGUAUAUUAAUGAAGUGCACAUUUUUAUAUGUUGCGAAGAACCCAGUUGGAUUAGAUUCUCACAUAAAGGCCAUUAGUAAGUUGUUGAGUGUUGGGAAUGAUGACGUUCGCAUGGUUGGAAUCCAUGGAAUUGGUGGAAUAGGUAAAACCACUAUCGCAAAAGCUGUAUACAACUCCUUUGCUCCUCAAUUUCAAAGUUGCUGCUUUCUUGCUAGCGUCCGAGAAACUAUAAACCCGUCCGACCUUGUUCCAUUACAAGAAACACUUCUAUCUGAGACCUUGCGCAUGAAUACCAACUUAAAGGUGGGAAGUGUGGAUAGAGGAAUUACUGUAAUAAAGGAGAGGCUCUGCCAUAAGAAGGUUCUUUUAGUUCUUGAUGAUGUCAAUGAGGUGGAACAACUUGAGAAAUUAGCAGGAGAUAAGAAUUGGUUUGGUCCAGGAAGUAGAAUCAUUAUUACAACCAGAGAUCAACAUGUGCUAGAUACUCAUGGGGUAGAAAGAAGAUACAAGGUCCAAGAAUUAAGUGAUGCUGAUGCUCUUCAACUUCUUAGUUGGAAGGCUUUCCGUAAGUCUUAUCCUGAAGAAGGGUAUAAGGAGCUCGCAAAUAGUGUGGUUCAGUACGCCAAGGGCCUUCCCUUGGUUCUAGUGGUGCUGGGGUCUUUACUAUGUGGUAGAAGAAAACCUGAAUGGGAAAGCACAAUAUGUAAAAUGCAAAAAAGUCUUCAUAAAAAGGUCUACGAAAUGCUUAAGAUAAGCUUUGAUGCACUGGACGACAAGGAGAAGGCUAUCUUUCUUGAUAUUGCGUGUUUCUUUAAGGAAAAAAAGAAAGAUUUUGUAACAAAAAUUUUGGAAGCGAGUGAUUUUGAUCCAGUUAUUGGAAUACAAGUUCUCAUCGAAAGAUCUUUGGUGAAUGUUGAUCAACAUGACCGAUUGCAGAUGCAUGACGUGAUACAAUUGAUGGGUAGGAAUAUUGUUCAUCAAGAAUCUCCCGACGAGCCAGGAAAGCGAAGCCGAUUAUGGUCUCAUGAGGAUAUUCUCCGUGUUCUUAAGGAAAAUACGGGAACUUAUAAUGCAAUUCAAGGCAUAAAGCUAGAUUUGUUCGGGCAAAAAGAUAUUUUGCUGAAUCCUAGUGCGUUUACAAGAAUGAAAAGGCUUAGAGUGCUUAUAAUCCGUCAUGCACGCUUUUCAAAGAGUCCUAAAAGUUGGUCUAAUGAGCUAAUAUUGCUUGAUUGGAAUGGAUAUCCAUCACCAUCUCUGCCGUCCAAUUUUCAUUCUCAGAAACUUGUUGCUCUCAACAUGAGUCACAGUAAAAUCAAGCAAAUCAAAGGAAUAAAGGUUUGCGAAAAUUUGAGGGAAAUAAAUUUUUCUUCGUGUAAAUACUUGACGUGCAUCCCUGAUGUCUCAAUGAUGGCAAAUCUUGAGAGGUUGCAUCUUUUUGGCUGUUGCAAUUUAGUUGAGGUUCAUCGAUCUGUUGGAAUUUUAAACAAACUGUCUGAUUUGGAUGUUACCAAUUGCUCUAAACUUAGACGCCUUCCUAACCUGAAGUUGCCACGUCUUAAAAUCCUAGGACUUUCUUGGUGCACAAGUCUGGAGAAAUUUCCAAAUAUUGUUGGAGAAACUCCUCGUUUCGAUGAAAUUUGGUUUCGUGACAAUCCCAUUAUUCAAGAACUGCCUUUACCAAUUGAAUAUCUCAUUGGGCUUAAAAGGAUAAUAAUACAGUUAUGCGAUAACUUUAGAGAUCUCCCUAGAAGCGUUUCUAAGUUGCCACGUCUCGAGUAUCUUAUUCUUCGGCGUUGCAGAAACCUUGGAAGGUUUCCAAAAUCGUCGUCAUCAUCAUCAACAAAUUUGGGCUGGCUGGCUUCGUCAAAGGGGAACAAAACUCAAGAUAAGAGCCUCUCUGUUGGGUGGUUUCCAGCUUUGAAACGGUUCAGCAUCACUUACUGUAAUCUAGAAGAAGUUGAUUUCCUCGAGAGUCUUGAUUGCCUUUCCACGCUAGAAGAAUUAUGUCUAUCAGGAAACAAUUUCGUUAGCCUCCCUGCAUCAUGUAUCACUAGAUUUACCCAUUUGAAAUCCCUUCCAUUGUGGAAUUGCAAUGGGCUUCAACAAAAGAAUGCAAGUAGUGGUGGCAAAUCCUUCAUCGAUAAUUUAACGAUGAUGAUUCCUAUAUUAUAUAGAUUCUGUGGAAAAAUGAUAACUACAAUUAAAAUUAGAGGAGGGGAGUUACCAGAAUGGUUUCGGCAUCAAACUAAGGAGAAUGAGAUGUGUUUCCGAGUGCCUCCACCUAAAAAUGCCAAGUUAGCAGGUUUGGUUAUCGGUGUUGCUUCCAAACGGCGCCCUCCUCUCUGCGAUUUGACGGUGUCUAUCAUUAUUAAUAAUGGUCGUCAAUCAGAUCCCGUAGCCAAAUCCUACGAGGUUUGCUUUUAUAAACAUGAACUGGGAUUAGAUGGAGUACUGUGGCUAUUGUGCCUUCCACGUGGUGCCCUCGAGUGGCGGGAUGAGAUCACCAAUGAAGGGGAUCACUUUGGAGUUUCAUUUCAAUUUCCUGGAUGGAGAGUACCGGAGUGUGAAAAAUAUAAUGACAAGUUGGGAGUUCAUUUUGUAUUCGAGCAAAACGACAACACGGAUGAUGAUGAUCCAAGAGUGAUCCGGCAUUGCCGUUCUCCUAACAAUAAGAUAGCUAUCUUGGAGAACGAUAAUUGUUGCCAACUACAGCAACAGCUAGCAGAACAACAGGCACGCGGACGGAGACGGGAGAGUUUUUUGUAUGAUUUUUGAAAUAUUAUUUUGUAAUAUUAUUUUUUGUUUUAGAAUUUAAAAAAAUUGAAUUA